CUUUUACUCUACAUUUCACACCUGAACACUUCACAUUUCCACAUCCACACACGCGUUACCAUCUACUCCUGCCAUCACCAUCUACCUUUUCAUUCACCACUCGCCACGUCCCAUCCCUCUGGUCACCUUCAUCUCCAUCACAUCUGCCAGACCUUUACGCGGCUCCAUCAACCCCAUCUUCACCUCACCCUCCUCUUUUAUUAUUCUGCCUCACCUCGAAAGGUCAUGAUCGCUUCCCAUGAGCUUCGAUAACCCCAACCCCUCCUCAUUCGCGCAUUGGCAUUCUUCAACGACUUCGCCUUCGAAUUCAUCCCAGACAACCAAUCGUCCUCAACCUCGAUUGUCCAAACCUCCUCCCCAGUCGCCCUGGGGACAGAAUCUCUCCUCGGCUGCAGCCAACCGUCGAGAUCGAGGUCCAACCCCCCUUGCAACCAACUUGUCCCCAUCGCCAUCCUCAUCUUCACAGACCCGUAGGCCCUUUGCUGCCUCAGAGUCCAACUCUUCAGAACCAUACCUUUCUUCCAUCUCGCCUUCUACCGGCAACUUCCCUCCUCUCGCCGCUUCCGCGUCCUCUGCUCGCUUUGGCACCCGCCGCGGAACCCCUCCUGGUUCCUCUCAUCCCAGCUCGCCCGUCCCCAGUCUUCAAACUGGCGUCCAACAGCCUUCCUCUCGCUCCCUCACUUCCCCCAGGUCAAGAACCAUCACUCCUUUUCAGUCCUCCACGCCCGCCACUGGCUCGGCAGGCUCAACCUCUCUUUCAGGCCUGGCGCCCGCGGGCGGUGGUCUGUAUUCAAGAUCAGGCGCCUACUCCCCUUCUCUGACCGCCCCUGCCGUCGGCUCCCCGACUGCUACCACAUUUGAUCGGUCCACGGCCCAGUCCUCGAACCAAACUUCCUCCAACCCUGCCACUUCCUCUCUCUCCAAGAUUUCCGCCACACAGAUCCUCCUUCUGCUCGACACCAUCACCGAACGAGAAGGCAAAGCAAAGUGGGAAGCAAAGGCGGAAAAGAUCAGGAAGCUGCUCGACUCCAACGGCAUGGAGGUCUUUGCUCAAUUCUUCCGUCGCACUAUCGUCCAAAACGCCUCCGUCAUCUUCAACGGUGCCAAAGACGUUGACCAGGGCAGCUACAAACUCCUGCGCCAAGAGCUGGAUAAGGUCCUCUGGAGUGCCGAACAACCACUCAAGAUCGCCGAGGCCAUCGAUACGUCCAAAGAUGACUUUUUCCGCGAUUUUGAUCUGACCACCUUCAUUCACCACUUUUUCGUCGAUCCUCUACCUCAGGUUAUUCUGGCCGUCGCCUUUACCCGCUGCGCCCGAGCCGAACUCCGCACCAAGGCUGAUACUUUCCUCGCCGACUUUGCCUCUGUUUCCUUCCGGACCUUGGCUGAAGGCCGUGGAAAUCAAGCAUACUCGGCAGAAAAUGUUUCCUCCAUUAUCGAGUAUUAUGCUUUUGCGCCCUCUGUCACUUCUGAGCAGCAAAAGAUGGACCUUUGGACCGCGUUGUCUGCUCGCUAUGCCGCCCUCAAACCAGAGCAGUUUUCGGCUCCACUGACUUCGUCCCAACUGUUGCGUAUUACGAGUGAUGCCCGUGACUUGGCCGGCAGUCUACAACGCCACGGUCCUAAAGUUCUCGCCUCAAAGCAGGCCGCACAAGACUUCAUCUCUUCAAUACCACCUCAGGCCAUCACCGAAGAACAGGUUGCUAAUGCAGUCCUCUUUCUCCUCUUCGCUGUCAACCAACAAUAUGACCUUGCCAAUCUGAUUGCUUCUCUCGUUCCAAAACAUCUAGACUGGGACCUGGUUGUUCAAGGAUUCGAUGUCUUUGGCCUGCGUCUGCGGAGAGAUUACUUUCCCCGGUUAUUCAAUGCCUUUAGCGAGGUCGCUUCAGAGCCAUGCAACUUCGACCUACAACGUCUAUGGGGCGGUCAAUGGCGCCACCCAGACACUCAAAUCUCCUUCCUCGGAGGUUAUCUGGCCAGUUCCUCGAAGGAUGUGCAAUACCUUAAGAUCUCUGGGCUGCGGAGGAGCGUGUCCCUGGACGAUUUCAGCAAUGCGUCCCCCGAAUUGAAACGACUUCUGGAAACAGAAUUGGCAACUCCAUACGUUUCGGCCGACGCAUGUCAGGCCAUCUUCGACGUUGUUCUCUCUCCCGGUGCAUCCGCUGAAGGAGAAGAUCGUCUUGAUGUCCUGCACGACGUGUACCAGAAUCAUCCAGUCAUCUUCCUAUUGUACCUCUGCAGCGUCAAUGCCAAGCCAUGGGCACCAGACCAGGAAAAGUUCAUUGGCGAAUGCUUUGGGCAAUUCCUCGAAAAGCAGACUGCCAAUCAAGGCCCUCUCUUGGAAGCAUUGUCAUCCCAAAGCCUGCAGUAUCUGUUCGACCUUUGCCACCUCGUCUUCCAGAUCGAUCCUCGCCAAACCGAAGCCAUUUAUGAGAGAGCUGAAGAACUUGGCUGGACCGAAGAAUUCUUGAAACACUGGUCCAAUCCAUUGUCUCUGGAUUUGGCUUGUAUCCGCCAUAAACUCGUCCCCAGCUUCGACUUGGACAAGUACAUCUCUGAGGCCGCGGAAGCAUACCCUAGUCUCGGAAAUAUCCUCUGCAAGUACUUGAGAAUCAAGGCAGACGAUGAAUUCCGCGUUCAGAAGGCCGAAUCCUCGCCGCAAUCUAUCCCUCUCAGUCUUCGGACUGUUCAUACUUUGCUCGAAAAGUUGGAGGACUAUUUGGACAACCGCAAAUCUCUCGAAGACAUGCAAACCACCUGUCUCCAAACCUACCCCCGCCUCAUGAACUAUGGUGCAGGCUUUGACGAUGUCCUUGAGCGCAGCAGUGAGGAGAAAGGCAACAAGCUACCUGAAGCUAUCGACAAACAAAUGUCGGAGCUUUUUGGCCGAAUGUACCGCGCGGAAUUGACCAUUCGGGACAUGAUCAACGAAAUGCGACGUUACAAGACGUCAAGAGACCCGGAUCAGCAAGAUCUGUUCUGCUGCAUUGUCCAUGGCUUGUUCGACGAAUACGUAUGCUACAACGAAUAUCCAGAGGACGCGCUCGAAAAGACAGCUUUGCUCUUUGGCAGCAUCAUCAAGUACAAGCUCUUGCCUGCAAUCCCUCGCGAGUAUGGCCUUGCAUUGAUCCUACGAGCAGUACGCGAACACGAACCCGAUAGUCUCAUGCAUCGCUUUGGCAUUGAAGCCCUCUUGCAAAUUAGUGAUCAGCUUGCUGAGUGGCCAGGCCUCUGUAGCCUCCUCCUGCAAGAACCGUCUCUCAAGCAUCCCGAGAUUCUCUCUCGAGCUGAAGAGGGGUUGCGAUCACAGCAAGCCGGCGGGAACGGUCUUGAUCCCAAUGGUACAGGCAAGGUUACAAACGGCGAUGAGUCUGCCAAGCUUGACAUGGGGCGAGGAUUUCGUGGUCUACGGGCGGAGCCUCCUCCCCUUGGUUCAAACUUCAAGGACCCUGAUCAGAAGAUUCAAGAAAAGAUCCUAUUCGUCAUCAACAAUCUUUCCAAGGACAACAUGCCCGCCAAGUUGUCUGAUUUGAAGGAGUCAUUCGCUGUGGAGCACUAUCAAUGGUUUGCGUCGUACAUUGUGGAACAGCGGGCCAGACUUGAACCCAACAACCAGGAAAUGUACUUUCAAUUUGUCAGUCUUCUCGAUGACAAUCGGCUGAUGGCGGAGAUUAUUCGAGAGACUUACGUGAGUAUCGCAAAAUUAAUGGGUGCCGAGUCAACCAUUGGCUCUGCCCAAGAGCGAACUCAUCUGAAGAAUCUCGGAGGCUGGCUUGGCUCUCUCACCCUGGCCAGGGAUAAGCCCAUCAGGCAUCGCAACGUCUACUUUGUCGAUUUGUUGGUUGAAGGCUUUGAGACACAACGUCUGAUCUUGGUCAUUCCAUUCACCUGUAAGGUGUUGGCACAAAGUGCCAACUCGGUUGUGUUCAAACCACCGAACCCGUGGUUGAUGGAAAUUAUUGGCGUCUUGGUCGAGCUAUACCAUUUUGCAGAGCUCAAAUUGAACCUGAAGUUCGAGAUCGAGGUCCUUUGCAAAGAUCUCAAGCUUGAUUUCAAAAAGCUCGAGGCCGCCACCGUCAUCCGAGACCGACCCCAGACCGAUGAUGAUGCUACCAACACCUCCAUCGUUCCCGAGGGUUUGGAGACGUUUGAUGAACUUUCCCUGAAUGGGACCAUGAACCGGGCUACCCGAGAUCGCCUGUCAACGGCAGAGAUCAUGGCCUCGCUUCCAAACAUACAAGAUGUGCUCAAAUACCCUCCGACCUCAGGCACUCCAGCCGACCAGGCACUGAUCAAGAGCAUUAUCUAUCGCGCCUUCGACCAGGCCAUUCAAGAGAUCAUAGCUCCCGUUGUGGAGCGUUCGAUCACCAUUGCCUCGAUAUCGACUGCUCAACUUGUAUCCAAGGACUAUGCUCUCGAGUCUGACCCGGAAAAGUAUCGGACCGCUGCACGUCAGAUGGUCAAAUCUCUUGCUGGUAGUUUAGCUCUUGUUACUUGCAAAGAGCCACUCCGCAUGAGUAUCUCCAACUACAUCCGCCGUCCGGCGCAAGAAGACCUGCCAGAGCAACUCUUGCCUGAAGGUGCGAUCAUGAUGUGUGUCAACGACAAUCUAGAUACAGCUUGUUCCUUUGUUGAGCAGGCUGCUGAGCAACGUGCAAUCCCUGAGAUUGAUCAUGUGGUUGAGGCAGAGAUCGAAGAACGACGACGUUUCCUUGCCGAAGGAGGAAAUCGCGAUUUUGUUCCCACCGGCAUCAACCGUUGGUCAGCUUGGAUUCCCGAACCGUACAAACAGACGGUGGGCGGAUUGAACGAAGCUCAACGCGCUGUCUACGAAGAGUUCGACCGUCGAGCAAAUGGCUUGAAUAUCAAUCACGUGGCCAAUGCUUCUGCAGACUUGACCGGUCGACAACUUCCAGACGUCCUCCAAGAUGCCCUCUCCAUGCCCAAUCUUACGACACCCGCGGAUCAACCUGCGCUGCCUCACCAGAGUCCUUUGAUCCAACAGGACAACCGACUGCUACCUGCCAUGCAAGCGCCCCGUGUUAAUGGUUUCCAGGACAACCUCCCACCCCACGAGCGUAUCUCUUUGCUCAUUGAAGAUGUUCAGAAAGCUGCCAGAGCAUCGGAUGUGUCUAGACUUCGUGACUUGGAGAAGCAAAGCUCCAUAUUCCAGGACUUCCGACAGAUCUUGAUUGUAUUGUCCUCCACGACCAGACCUCCCGCGGAUUUACUGGCUCGGCAGAUUGCGGAUAAGAUCUGCAACAUCUUUGCCAUGAAACCAUCACAGGGCCCUGUAGAAGCCGAAGUCUUGGCUCUUUUGUUAUCCAAACUCUGCCAGUAUUCCGAGCUUAUCACUCGGGAUGUCUUGAGAUGGAUGACGGCAAAUGAAAGCAUCUUGCUCGGAAAUUCCAACAUCGUGGUUGGUCUAGUCGCCGCAGGCCUGAUGGAGCUUGUUAGGGUUGAUGUUGUCAUCUCCUCGCUCCUUGCCGAGAAGAACAUGCAAGCGCUUCAAGUCUUCUCCGAGAUUUUGGAACAGACCAUGUUCACGGACGAGCCUAUUGCACUCCGGGCAGACUUUGCCAACAGCUUGAUUGCCAUGUCCGCUUGGCUCAAAGAGAACCCGGAUCUCACACUGGCAACGGAGAUCAAUCAAAAGCUACAUGCACAUGGCAUGUCUCAGCUUGUCAGCGUUGGAGUGUCUGAUCGGGCAAGAGCCAAGCAAGACCAGAUGCGAUACAUUUUUGACGAAUGGUGCCGUAUCUUUGAAAACUUAAGCCCAAAUGACGGUACAUUUGCUGGAUUUCUUCGGGAAGUCCACAAAGAGCAGACGAUCAGUAGUACUGAAGAUCUCGCCGAUUUUCUACGUCUUGCAGUUGACUCAUGCCUUGACUGCUACGAACGAGAGGCACAAAGCAUGAGAGGCAGCGUGGAUGUUGCUUUCUCUCAAGCAGAUGCGUUGGCGCGUCUAUUGAUCACGUUGGUCAAAUUCCAAGGAGAAUCGACAGGAGCGGUGCAGAUGAAGAAAGCACCAUAUCUCCAAAACAUACUAUUCGUCCUCGUCCUGAUCGUCAACCAUCACCAGGUGAUGCGGGGGAUCAACUUCAACCAGCGGCUGUUCCAUCGAAUUUUGACUAGCAUGCUCUAUGAAUAUGCGUCCAACCGAAUGGAUGAAGCGGCCGAGCACAAUGACAUGAUGCUGGCAUUUGCAAGCGCGUUUAAAUCAUUACAGCCCUCGUGGUUCCCCGGAUUUACCUACGGAUGGUACAGCUUGGUGGUGCACCGUGUCUUUGUCAAAGGGAUCCUUCAAUCCAACAAUCAAGCUGGUUGGGAUGCAUACCGAGAGCUGACUGGACUACUCCUCCUGUACAUUUCGGAAUUGUCCAAAACACCGGGACUCGACCUGCUCAACUUGGACCUGUAUAAAGGGACCCUCCGAAACAUACUUGUUCUCCUUCACGAUUAUCCCGAAUUUUUGAGCGACAAUCAUUCAUACUUCUGCUCCCGGAUCUCAUAUGCCAUUCCGCAAUUGAGAAAUCUCAUCUUGACAGCCAAGCCCUCUGCAUAUCAUGACCUCCCAGACCCCAUGACACCGGGACUGAAGAUCGAGCGACUUGAUGAGAUGAAGCGAAGCCCAAGCUUGGCGCAUGACUUUGAACUGCCCCUCGCACGCGAUGGAUUGAACAGUAUUAUUGACAACGCGCUGAGCAAGUCCAAUGACUUUGACGGUGCCCUCAAGCAGAUCAAGUUGGCUCUGCGGGAUGAUGGUAGUCAAGAUCGAACGUCGCUCAUGGCGCCUGAUAAGAGCAUUGAAAUUGUCAAUUCACUGGUCCCUUUCGUCGGACAACAUGCUCUACAUGGCCAGGCUGGAAGGUUUGAUUCCAGCUCAGCACAUGUGCACUUUAUGACCAAACUCGUCCAUGGUUCUGGACCUCGGGAGCGAUACGAGCUCAUCAAUGCCAUUGCAGACCAGAUACGAUUUCCAAGCACACAUACCGAUUUCUUCUGCAAGCUAUUGUUGCAUUUCUGGGGCAGCGGAAAUGCGGAAGAGUCGCAGCGAGAGCUCCGAGAACAGAUCGCUCGUGUGGUGUACGAGAGAUUAAUUGUUGCACGGCCUCACGUAUGGGGAAUGACGAUACUCUUCAUUGAAUUGCAACAGAAUAGCACAUAUGGGUUUUGGGAGUCAAUGGCCUCGGACGCGGGCAUCCAACAACGUCUUCAACAAGCGAUCCGGCCAAGCCAUUAGACCAUUUUGGUUGAGAUGGAUGGGCGCAUGACAUCGAUGCGGAAGCCGAGAAAGGACUCGGAAAGAACAGCAGAUGACGAGGAUGAAGUCGAGCUAAUCAGCUUGGUUGAUCUGACGACUUAUGACCCGGAGCGGGUGUUUAGAAGGGAAUGAACCUCGUAUUGAUUGGGCUUAGACAGUUCAAUUCUUGUACACUUGAUUCUUUCUGCGGGGUUUGUACUGCAAUGGCUAUGGCCUUGGAGAAGGCAUGGUCCUGUCACAUUAGCUGGAACUGACAAUACUGCAUAUCAAGGAGCAACAGGAACAUGGGAGGGGGCGAAUCGACGACGAUGACAAGGGCCGAGAUUGAUUGAUUGACCGACUGAUUGAUUGAUUGAUUGGACUUGGGACUUUGAACUGGGAGAUGAAUUGUUCUUCCGUGCGGACUGGACGGAUGGAUGACCUGGAUGGAGGGGAAUGACAGGAAGGGGAGAUGACAAAAAAAGCUUCGUUGUUAUUGUUGUCGGUGUUGGUGUCAUUAAUCUUGUUAUUUUCUCUCUUCCUCAACCCUCCCUCCCUCCUCCUCUCCCAGACGACACCAGACAUACAUCACAAACACAACACACAAACACGUUCAGUAGGGCACUAUGCCAUCCAUCCCACACAUAGCAUGAGGAAACGUAAAGGAGUUGAUUGUUUCAUUGAUAUUUUCUUCUUUUGGAAUUCC